GGCGGGGCGUGAAUAUUAGUUGUCAACUUGUCAUAUUAAGAGUAGUGGCCGUUUAAAGGAAGUUUCUGUUUUUGUUUUGAUUGAGGGUGGUCGAGUCUGAUAAGACUGCUCUUGUCAAGAAAAAUGUCAUCUCCUGAAAUAGCUUCAAUUUCUUGGGGACAUAUGAAAGUUCAAGGCUGUUCAGCAUCCUAUAAGGACUGCAAAGUGUGGCCUGGAGGAAGCCGAACCUGGGACUGGAGAGAAACUGGAACUAAUCACUACCCUGGAGUACAGCCAGCUGAUCUGGAAGAGAUCCUCAGUAAAGGUAUUGACACAUUGGUGAUUGGUCGUGGAAUGAAUGAUGCUUUGCAGGUACCAUCAUCUACUCUGGACUACAUCAAGAAGAAGGGAAUUAGUGUGAUGGUAUUACAGACUGAAAACGCUGUGAAAGAGUACAACUCACUUGCCAGCCAAGGUGUUAAAGUUGGUGGCGUGUUUCAUUCAACUUGUUGACACUGAUUUAAAAUCUACUACAGUCUUUUUGAUGAAUCCAGCCUCCCAGAAAUCCACUACUGCAGUAGCUUGGGUGGACACAAAGAAUACAGAGCAUGUUUUUAGUAACUGAAUAGAGUUUGUAUGACCAGCACAACCCUUAAUUUAUGCUCUAAUUUACUGCUUAAUAAAGAUACUUUUGUGGUUUUCACAGUAAUCCUAAAUAUUUCAUGUUUUAAACCCAGUCUUUGAACCACUUAACCAUAGCUGCUAUUUUCUAAGUGCACCCCACUGUAUGGCAGUGGUGCAUGUAAAUGGAGGCAAAACUAGCAGCACAUUUAUGUACACAUGUACAUGAAUGCAUUUAAGCAAACAAUGCAACGUUUCAGUGAUCAGGUGCUGAAGUAAGAUUAUGGUUGAGCAGCUGAAAGCUUUGUUCCGCAGUCCUGGGUUUGACUGACAGCCUCCACUUGAAUACUCUGCAGUUUUGAGCAAGUUGUUUAAAAAGACCAUUGAUCUUGUCAUCUCUGAAGAGAGGUGUGCAUGGUGCAAUCUGUUAAAUGGUUAACAUGAAACAUCUCUGCUAAUAAGCUUUAGGAGUGCGCAUUUCAGUCCAUUUUAGCAAAAAUAUGGGUUUAUUUUGCAGUUCAGUUAAGAAUUUGGCUUGCUUAUUCGAAGACCAUAACAAAGCAUGAUCAGCUCCAAAAUACCAAGAAGCCCUACCUUUUGAAUUGGACAGUGUCUCUUCCUGAACAAAGCCAGUGCAUCAAGUUUUGUUGUACUUGUAGUCCUCUGUCAGUACAGGCUACUCUCUACAGGUAGUGCCAGACUAGAAAAGCCACUCCAGCUAUCUCAGUACAGUUAGUUUUCCACUUUAGAUAUUCUUAUAACACCAUAUGAACUCUUUCACUCGAGUUUCUCUCAUUAGAAGUGAGAUGAAGACUUCUUUACAUCAUGUAUCAGUAUCACCCCUUCGUCUGGUAUAACUAUGAGAAGAAGUUUCCUUCCUAGUCAUGUAGCCUGUGGCACUUAAUAUUUAUAUUUCUCCCUUCAAAGUAAAUCCAGCAAACUGCUAACCGGUUUUCAACAUCCACAUAAGUAGUUAACAUCUGAUACUUCAGGAGCUGACUACUGACUUUUUUACCAACUUGUUCAGACUUUUUUCUGACUCCACUUCUGAACUACUUGUACUCCAGUAUUGUGAGGAAAAAAUUUCCAGGGAAUUUUUAUGGCUAGGCUUGCAUAGGCCUUAGGGCCGAUAGCCUAGUACCAACCUAUGAACCUAUAAGUAUCUUGAGUGACAGUUGUGAUUGUAAUUUUCUGCACAUAUACUGCCAGACACUGAUGGAUAGGUGGCAGUCACAGCAGAGCUUUGAUUAUAUCUUCCCUUUUUAUGCAACGUUCUAUAUGCAUAGUGUCUACCUCUGCUUUUAUUUUUUGUGAAGGUAACCAUUAUUUUUCUUUGGAGCUAUGGUUGCACUUGUGUGCAAAAUAUCAGAGAAAUAGCAUGCUUGAUGUGAAUAAAUUAUCAUUUUAACUACAAAA